AUGUCGAUUCCAAGACCAGUUGCAUGUCAACAAGAGAAGUAUCCACAAAUUAACUAUCCAAGAAGACAAAACCAAUUUUGGAACCCUCUCAGGCUAGCUAUUUUCACAGUGGUUAUUGUUAUAAUUAUAGUGAUUGCCAUUGGUAUCGUUUCUCGUGUUGUUAUUGCAGAUGAAAGGACCUUCUAUUACCUUGUCACCUUUAAGAUCACUAAUAUCAAAUAUAAAGAGAAAUAUGGAAGAAAAACUUCAAGAGAAUUUGUAGAACGGAGUCGUCAGAUUGAAAGAAUGAUGUCUAAGAUAUUUCGACAGUCAUCUCAUAAAGGAAGAUACAUCAAAUGCCAUGUUAUCAAACUGAGCCCUGAUAAAGAUGGCGUGAAAGUCCUUAUGUUAUUCCUUUUUCGCUACCCUUCCUCCAUUGGUGAAGCAAGAAUUAAGAAAAAAAUUGGAAGUACACUUUAUCAGGCCCUGAAAAACAAAAAUUUUUCUUUGGCCAUAAGUAAUCCUUCAAUUAAAAUCACGCCUAUUGAUAAUAUGAAGACAAGGGACCUUCUCAACAGCCGCUGUGGGAUACGUACGACUGCAUCAUCCUUGCCAUUGACAUUAGCUUCAACAACUGAUAGGAUAGUCAUGGGAACUACAGCUGCAUUAGCAGGAGAGUGGCCAUGGCAAGCCAGCCUCCAGCUAAAGGAUUCUGGUCAUCAGUGUGGCGGCAGCUUGAUCAGUAACACCUGGAUCGUGACUGCAGCACACUGCUUUCAGAAAACCAAGAAUCCAACACAAUGGAUUGUGACCUUUGGAACAACCAUCGUUCCACCUUUAACAAGACAAAAUGUUGACACAAUUAUCGUUCAUGAAAAGUAUAACAACAUUACACAUGAAAAUGAUAUUGCCUUGAUGCAACUAGCUGAAAAUGUUGAAUUUUCCAAUGAGAUCCAACGAGUUUGCCUCCCAGAAUCUUAUAUAAAAUUGCCACCUCACACAAGUGUGUUUGUCACUGGAUUUGGAUCUGUAGUUGAUGAUGGACCAACCCAAAAUGUUCUUCAUCAAGCCAGAGUGGAAAUCAUUAGCACUGAUGUGUGUAAUAGAACAGAUGUGUAUAAUGGUCUUAUAAAAAAAGGAAUGUUAUGUGCUGGAUUCAUGGAAGGAAAAGUUGAUGCUUGUAAGGGUGAUUCUGGUGGACCCCUAGUUUAUCCUGAUCACCAUGAUAUCUGGUACCUUAUUGGAAUAGUGAGUUGGGGAGAAUCAUGUGCUCUUCCCAAAAGGCCUGGAGUGUACACUCAAGUGACUCAGUAUCGGAACUGGAUUAACUCAAAAAUUGGUUUAUAAGGCAAAGUUUUUGGUUGAGUAAAAUGAAUGAAUUGUAUAUAAAUAGUGUUCAUCUGAAACUCCUACAUCAUAUGUAUUUUUCAUCUGCAUGUGGUUUGGGUCAACGCCCUGAAGACAUCAUAUUUCACAAAAACUCAUAUUGAUUUAUUACUUCUACCUUGCUGCACAUAUCACUUAUAUUCUUCCUCCCAUGAAAAAGUGGAAGCUAUAAUGACAGAUAAAACAAAAUCAAUAACAAAGAAAAAUACUUUCUAAUAUGAUAUUUUUUAAAUGUUUACCUAAUAAUUUUUGUUUUAAGAUUGGAGUCAUUCUCAAAUAUAUCAUUACUGCCUCAUA